GCCUCUCACUCUGUCCUCCAUCUUGAAUCAAACUCGUGCAAAGAUGUGCAAGUGCUAGGGCACGCGAACCGUAUUUUCGGUUUGUUUUUUCCAGGAAGCUCUUCCGAUGUAGUUGCCACUGGGCAGGAGAUGGGACCUCUUUGCCUUGCGAUGACGAUGGACGGCGACCUUUUUCUUUUCUGUCCUUGACACGAAGCCACACGCUGUCAUGUUUCCACCCAGUAUUCUUCGAACCCUGUGUUCUUCUUUAUGAUCUGCAGCCACACAAACGGGAGAGUACCCCCGGCAAAGAACCCAUUUAUCUACAGAGUACACACUCCGGUUCUCGUCAACUUUGGGAAUAGUGUACCAGGGCAGUACGAGACUCGAUCCCCAUCUCAGACAUCGGCUCACUUUUGA